UAUUAUUUAUAGUUCACUUAAAUUACUAUUCAAUUUCGAUUCGUUUUCGUAUUUUUUUUUGUUUUUGUUUCUAAUUAACAGUUGAUUAUUUUGCUUUAAAUCUAUUUUGUUAAUUGUGUAAAUAGUGCUAUUAAUUUAAUAUAUUUUGAAUCUACAUCGGUUGAUACUGUAGUUAUCUCUGCGUUCUCGUUUCCCGAGAUCGUUUAUUCAUCCUUUUCGUCGAACUACAGUGUCACACACAUUCGUCGUCUUUUUAAAAAUAAAAAUUUAGUUUUAUUUAUUAUUUUGUUUAAAUAUGUCGCCACCCGUUUCUGUCGCAUAUGUUGAUGCAAAAGCUCGCGUCGUGCGUGCAAUAAAUCGAGUUAAUACAUUUGUUCACGCUAUGAAUGAAUUCAACAAAGAUAGGUUAAGUGCCGAGAAACGGGCCAAAAUAAAAAAUAUGUUAACUGAAUUAAAUAAUAUUCGAAAAUGUGUCGAAGAAGAUGUUCAGUUAAUGGAAACUGCCGUUGGUAAUAAAUCAGCGCCGAAUGACGUCAUUGAUUGUUCGGCUAGUAACUCAUUAAUAGAUAGUUUUGACUCGCUUUAUUAUGAUCUUGCGGCGUUUGCUGAUAUUAAUCAAAUGUCUCUGUUUCAAAAAAAGGAUGUAGCUUUGUCAGAAAAUGUCACUAUGUCUCAACCAUUAGACGCUUCGAAUUCUUUUUUACAAAGUAUACAAUAUCCGAAACGUAAAUUUCCUACCUUUUCCGGUAACAUGAAAGAGUGGCAAAAUUUUGAGCAACUUUUCACUUCAAUCUUGUCGCAUACCCCGCAUAUAUCCGAUGUCGAAAAGUUUGAAAUUUUAAAGACGUCCCUCGAAGGUGAAGCGCAAACAUUAGUAUCUCAUCUUUCGUUGACCAUUGCAAAUUAUCAUAGUGCGUGGGAGAUAUUGCGGGCGAGAUACGGAAAUAAACGUGAUUUAGCUCGCAUUCAUUUUGAGCCCUUACUAGCUUCAUAUAUAGUAAAAGCUAACGAUGCAAGUUCAAUAAAAAAUUUAUUAAAUUGUAUUUUGGAACAUACAGCCGCGUUAGAUAAUCUUGACUUUGUCACAAGACAAUGGAGUCCGAUACUCAUUCAUAUCUUUGAAAAACAUCUCGACCGAGAAUUACGUGCUCGAUGGGAAACGACUGUUGGUGAAAAACAUAAUCCAAAAUUAAAUGAAUUUGUAGACUUUCUACGUCGUCAAAUUAGAACUGCUGAUAUUCAUUCGAUUCCGUAUUCAACAGCACCACUAUACAGUCAACAAAAACAAGUUGAUAAACAAAGUAAAUUUUCGAAUGCUAAAUGCCGGUCUCAAUUUUCGUCAAAAGUACUAGCUACUACAGCUGCUCAGUCACUAGGUAUUCAAUGUAUAUUGUGUAAGCAAUCUCAUUCAAUUCGAAAGUGUCCACAAUUUACUAAUAAAACCGCUCAAGAACGCUUUCAAAUAGCAAAAUCUCAUCAUCUUUGUAUUAAUUGUCUUGGUCUCGGUCAUUCUUCUGUGUCUUGUUCCUCUAAAAAUAAAUGUCAAACAUGUAAUCGGUCUCACCAUACAUUACUGCAUUUCGGGUCUUCGUCUUCUCCAACCACUGCAGCUACUUGUGAUGAACCAAGUACUUCGUCGUUAGUUGUUAGAGGUCAACCACAGCGCAUAAUAUUGUUGUCUACUAUACUUUUUGACGUGUUAGCUGCAAAUGGAACGCGAAAAACUUUUAGAGCUCUGUUAGAUAGUGGUUCGCAAGCUAGUUUUAUGACAGAACAUUGUGCCAAUUUAUUAAUGGUUAAAAAGUGUCCGUCAAAUGUUAAAAUUAAUACUUUCGCUAAUCAUACGUCGACAACUGUUCGGGGAAAAUCAAACGUUACUUUGGUACCUCGUGGUAGUCAGUCACCAUCUGUACAUGUAGAAGUUUUGAUUGUUACUCAUAUAACAGAAGCUACCCCGCACACGUCCUUAAUGCAUAAAAAUUGGCCACACUUAAAUAACUUAUCGCUGGCUGAUCCAUUAUAUAAUGUGCCUGGUUCAAUUGAUUUGUUACUUGGAGCAGACGUCUUACCUGAAAUUUUACUCGAUGGAAAAAUAUCUGGUAAACCAGGUCAACCCAUUGCGAUGGAAACUAUUUUUGGAUGGACUCUAAUAGGUCCAGUAGAACAGUGUAAUAAACCAGCAAUUACUUCAUUAAAUAUUACUGUCUCAGAUACCUUGGACACUACGUUGAAAAAGUUCUGGGAGAUAGAAGAAAUGCCUUCUACUCGCCAUUUCAGUCUUGAUGAUAAAAUGGCUGAACAAAUUUAUCAAGAGACUACAACUCGUGUCAGUAGUGGACGGUUUAUGGUCACCAUACCAUUUAGAACUCCUCGACCGAUAUUAGGAGAUUCUAAAUCGAUUGCUUUGCGUCGGUUUAAAUUUUUAGAAGCUCGAUUAAAUAAUAAUCAGACUCUUCGUGAUCAAUACAUUAAUUUUAUGAAAGAUUAUCUAACUGCUGGUCAUAUGGAACUUGUACCUUUAGCAGAAAUUGCAACUGCGCACGCGUACUAUAUUCCUCAUCAUUGCGUACUUCGACCUGAUAGUAAUACCACCAAAUUGCGCGUCGUAUUCAAUGCUUCAGCACGGACAAGUGCUGGUUUGUCUUUAAAUGAAUCUAUGUAUACAGGACCUAAACUUCAACCUGAUAUACAAGCUAUUCUAUUACGUGCACGGAUUUGGAAGUAUCUGUUCAUCACAGAUGUAAAACAGAUGUACCGACAAAUUUUAGUACAACCAACUGAUCGAGACUACUUAAGAAUAUUUUGGCGUUUUUCACAAAAUGAUCCGAUUAGUGAAUAUCGAUUGUGUACCGUCACAUAUGGGACAUCCGCAGCUCCUUUUCAAGCACUGCGUACCAUUCGUGAGUUAGCUAACGUUGAUGGCCAGUUAUAUCCACAGGCAGCUGAAAUACUGUUGAAUGACACGUUUGUGGAUGACAUAAUUACUGGAGCCAAUUCAGAAAAAGACGCUUUAGAUUACCAAACACAACUUAUAAAAUUGUGUUCCCUUGCUCAGUUUGAACUGCGAAAAUGGGCAAGUAAUAGUAGUCAAGUUCUUCAAGCUGUUUCUGAAAAUGCAAGAGCAAUGUCACCUUCCCUGUUACUUAAUAAAAGCGAACAGUCUGAUGUAAAAGUACUUGGUUUAAGAUGGGAUCCAAAAACUGAUAAUUUUUCAUUCAUAACUCAAAGUACAUCAACAACGUUGACCAAACGCUCAAUUUUGUCAGACAUAGCACGAGUUUUUGAUCCGUUAGGACUGCUCUCUCCAGUAACCUUCCUAGCAAAACACAUAAUGCAGCUACUCUGGACAGCUGGCACUAAUUGGGAUGAUCCUGUGCCCACAGAAAUCCAAAAUGUUUGGAAACGUUACCAAACGGAACUUAAAUGCAUUGAAGAUAUUGAAAUUCCCCGAAGAAUAACACGUGAUGAAGUUCUUUCUGUUCAACUUCAUGCUUUUUGUGAUAGUUCUGAAAAAGGAUAUGCUGCAGCUGUAUAUAUUCGAAUUCACACAUCUUCUGGUAUUUCUUGUCAACUAAUUAUUGGAAAAUCAAAAGUAGCGCCACUAAAAAAGUAUACAAUUCCUCGACUGGAAUUAUGUGGAGCAUUACUUGCUGCGAAAUUACUUCGUUUCGUUGUUGAGACUAUCUCUAAUCGACUCAACGUCGAUUGUCUUUUUGCGUGGACAGAUUCUACCACUGUUUUGGCUUGGUUAAGUUCUUCGCCUCACCGUUGGCAAACUUUUGNCACAAAUAGACUAAACUUAGAUAAAGAAAUGGAAAAUUGUCAAUAA